AUGCAAAAUGUUACUGAAGCGCAAAGAGAUGGCGUCUGGGCAACCCAGGAGAAAAAUACACGGCUGUUUACUGAUGCCUUCCAUACUUGUCGCUCAGUGGUACUGCUCUUCAGCGUCAACAAGAGCAUGGCCUUCCAGGGGGCUGCCGUCAUGACGAGCCCACCCUCCCCAAGCGUUCCCCAACCAGGCUUCUGCAAGAAACUAAAAUGGCCUUGCUCACCACCAUUCCGCAUUCGUUGGAUCUGCACCACGUCGGUCCACUUCAAAUUCGUGGGUCACCUCAGAAACACGAUGAAUCUUGGCGAAGACGGCCAGCCGCAUGCUGUGCUUGUUGGGAAAGAUGGACAGGAAGUUGACAAGUCAGCUGGCGAGGGGGUCGUGAAGAUCUUGAGACAGAGCGAUCUGGAGGCCAAGGGAGAGGAUGACAGACCUUGA